AACAAACAAUUACUAUUUAAAACAACACAAAAUAUAAAGGCAUAGUUUGUACAUUGCUGAAGAAGAGAUCGAUGGCUCAUCUGAUGUUUCUAGCAGCCAAGCUUUUAGCCCUAGUGCUAGCCUCCUUCGUCCAUGGUACCAUGGCUAAUGGGGUAUUGGAAGUGCGGCGCAAAUUCCCUAUCAUUGGCAGAGGGGGCAAGAGUAGUGACAUUGGUGUAUUACAAACUCACGAUAGGAGCCGACAUUGCCGUCGCCUUGAGGCAGCGGAUCUCCCACUUGGAGGCGUUGGCGCCGAUGGUAGCGGAAUAUACUACACGGAGAUUGGGAUUGGGGCACCAGCCAUGCAAUACUAUGUGCAGGUGGACACCGGCAGUUCAUCCUUCUGGGUUAACGGCAUCUCCUGCAGACAAUGUCCUCGCGAGAGCAGCGUAGUGAGUAAGCUGACAUUAUAUGAUCCGCUGGAGUCAGUAACAUCGAGAGCAGUGCAAUGUGAUGAUGUAUUCUGCACUUCGAAGCAAUCGGCUGUGCAGCCCAACUGCAGCAGAAGCUCGAAAUGUCCAUACUAUUUUUCUUAUGGUGAUGGGGGCGCAACAGCAGGCUGGUUUUACAAAGAUCUCAUGCACUAUCGUCAAUUGUCUGGGAAUAAUGGACAGACUCAGCCGACCAACGCCAGUGUCAUAUUCGGGUGUGCAGCACAAAAUUCUGGGAGUUUAAACAUUACAGAACUGGCAGUUGAUGGAAUUAUUGGGUUUUCCAAUUCAAAUAAUACAUUGUUAUCACAAUUGGCUGCCGCAGGGAAGACAAAAAAAAUAUUUUCUCAUUGCCUCGAUUCCAGAAAUGGAGGUGGAAUUUUUGCUAUUGGAGAAGUCGUGGAGCCAAAAGUAAAAACAACACCUUUAGCAAAUAACCAAUCGAAAUAUCACCUUGUGAACCUCACGUCAAUAGAUGUUGAUAAUACAGCACUUCAGAUUCCAGCCAAUAUAUUUGGAACGACUGAUUCGAAGGGUACAAUGGUUGACAGUGGCACAGCAUUGGCCUACCUUCCUGGGAUUGUAUAUAGUGAAUUAAUGCUUGCGAUAUUUGCCAAGCAUAAGAAUAUAACAUUGCGGAAUGUUGAUGAUCUUGAAUGUUUUGAGUAUCUUAACAGCACUAAUGAUGGAUUUCCAAAUAUAACAUUCAAAUUUCAGGGUGAUCUUACGUUGGAUGUGUAUCCAUAUGAUUACCUUUUUGAAUUUGAGGAUAAUCAAUAUUGUGUUGGAUUCCAAGAUGCUUCAAGGAAUGUUGGGAUGGGUGAGGAUGGGGUGGUUUUGGGAGAAAUGGUCAUUUCCGAUAAGCUAGUCAUCUAUGACAUGGAAAACCAUGUCAUUGGCUGGACAGAGUACAACUGUUCCUCUAGCAUUAAAAUUAAGGAUGAAGAGACUGGGGCAACUUACACUGUCAAUGCAAACAACAUCUCUUCUGGUUGGAUAUAUCAGUGGCAGAUGCACUGGAUUAUGCCACUGGUAAUAAUGGUGUCAAGCUAUCUAGUAUCCUAACACCGGUGUGCAACAAAAAUAUCUAUUUUUUUCAAUGAUAUGAUUCCAUUUCCUACAACCAUAAAAUCUGUACUUUGGCUGCCACAACUAUAAUUCUAAUACAAUUUUCUUGAUA